AGCUUGUUGAAAAAAACAAAAAACAAAAACAAAAGCUGCAUCAACCGCUGUCCUCUGCCGAGUUUGCCAAUAACAGCUGAGGGAACGUGAAAAUACCCGAAUAUAACGACGACCCGGCGGCUAAAAAUAAGUAAACCGUACGUUGUCUUUUAAGUUUUCUUCAGAUAACGAGGCUGUGCUUCAAAAUGGGACGGAUCUUUUUGGACCACAUUGGUGGGACUCGUCUCUUCUCUUGUGCUAACUGUGACACCAUCCUGACCAACCGAGCUGAACUCAUCUCCACUCGCUUCACUGGAGCCACUGGCCGGGCUUUCCUGUUUAACAAGGUUGUGAAUCUGCAGUACAGCGAGGUGCAAGACAGAGUCAUGCUGACAGGGCGACACAUGGUGCGAGACGUCAGCUGCAAGAACUGCAACAGCAAACUCGGCUGGAUGUAUGAGUUUGCCACAGAGGAGAGUCAGCGCUACAAGGAGGGCCGUGUCAUCCUGGAGAGAGCUCUAGUGAGGGAAAGCGAAGGCUUCGAGCACGCCGCAUCCAACAACUCCUGAGUUCACUUCUGCCAACACCGCGAUGGUCUCUCUGGGGAUACCAAAGCUUUCCCUCCAGCAGCAGCAGCAGCAGCAGCAGCAGAAAACGGACUUGCAUCGAUGGUGUUCAGUUUGUCUGUACAGCUACACCAAAAUAUCACAGGCUGGGUGUUUGUGGGAAAUUCAAACCACAGGUUUUUGAUAUUUUCCCAUAACUUUAACAUCUGAUGGGGAUUACUCCUAAAAGGGCAAAAUAAAGUUCCUUUUCUUCCCAUUUAAAAAUCACCUGUCUGUUCAGUAUGUGAUGAGUAGGUGUGGGGGGUAUGGUGGCCGCUAUCAGAUGAAGAGAUGUUGGUCCUGCAGCCGUACAGAAGGCUCAGAUUGUUAUGUAAAGAUAAUACUUUGAAAUUUAAACGCUAAGACUGUUGAUGGAUCUGAGCUUAACUGUGCUAGAGAAUUACCUUUAAUAAAAAAGUUGUCAGUGGAUAUAAUGUUAAAAAUCCCUGUUAUCAUGUUAUUUUCACUUAAACAGGUUAGCAAUUAAAGCAAAUCACUUACUUUAUUUUAUCUAUUAAAUGAUAAUAAAAAUACUGUAGCCAUAAGGUGAGUGUUGCUGUAAUUUGGCUGUAUAUAAAUAAACCUAAAUUGAAUAAAGUUGACAGAACAUGUUCUACAGAGAUGGUAAAGCCCAUUUUUGUUUUUCCAAAAUAUGCAUUUCACUGCACACCUUUAUCCAUCUGAUUAACUGACACUG